AUAGCAAUCUUAAAAAGGUUAUGUUUACUAUUAUUAAUAUGAGCGAAGUAACACAAUCAAAUUUUGUAAAAUUAUUUCCGUUAAUUAAAGAAACAUUACAACAAGCAAGGUUUGUAAGCAUAGAUUUGGAAUUUAGUGCUCUAAACCCUUUAAGAAAUCAUGCUCCAAGCUUGUUUGAUAGUCCAACUGAUAGGUACUACAAACUGAAGAAAAAUGUGGAAUAUGUAAUUCCCCUUCAAAUAGGAAUUACUGCUUUUACAUAUGACUCAAAGAGAAAUAGUUAUUUGGGUACCAUUUUUGAUUUUUAUGUUCAACCUGCCUCUUUUCAGUUCCUGCAUAAACAUUUUUUCUUCCAGUCCAGUACAAUAAACUUUUUGAAGCUUUAUCAUUUUAAUUUCAAUAAAUUUGCCUACCAUGGAAUUUCUUACAUAAAUAGAACACAGGAGUUAGAGCUAAGGGAGAAACUACGAAAUAAUGAAAUUUCAGAAGUGAAUUGCACUUGCAAAACUGAACUGGAAAAAAUUGUCGAAUCAAAACUUUCAAUUGUAACUACCUGGUAUUUGAAAGCAAAAGAGGAAGAUUUUUUAAUAGUUGUUUCAAAAGUUUCUGCCGUGUGCAAUAGAGAAAUUGAAUAUUUUUUACACAAAAUAUUUAGGCAACGUUUUGACAAUCUUUGGACUUAUGUAGAAUCUGACGAUUUCAUAGUGAAGAAACUAUCCAUACAGCGGUACAAAGCAAUGGAUAUAUCCAAUAAUUUGGACCCUGAUUUGGUGGACAGCUUACUUGGGUUCACCAAAGUGUUUCGGUUAAUAGAAUCCUUAAAUAUACCAAUUAUUGGUCAUAACCUUCUACAAGAUUUAUUGCUGAUGGUUAGUAGUUUUGAGUCAGAGUUACCAAACUCCUAUAAUGACUUUAAAAGUGUAAUAACAAAUUUAUUUCCCAUUAUAUUCGAUACCAGAACUAUUUCAAAUGAGAUGAGGAGUUCACUUCCUGAAGAGAAAAGGUGGAAUGAUAGGGGUUUGGACACAAUUUUUGAUUAUUUUAAAAAUGGUGUUGGUCGACAUAUAGUGUCUAAUUCUCCAGCAAUAGAGGUUAAAUGUGAUCAAGAAAAUAUGGAGACGUUUCACGACGCUGGCUGGGACUCAUUUUGUACUGGCUACAUUUUUAUUAGGUUAGCCCACUUAAACCUUUAUCAAAACUAUCCACGUUCAAAAUCUUUUGUCCCCAAUGAACUUAUCGGAGGGUUGCUGCAAUAUAAAAAUAGGGUCAAUAUAAUUAGAGGCUCCAUAUCAACAAUUAACCUUGGCGGGACCGAUCCCGACUCCACCAGACCUCCCUAUCUCAUCAUUGAAUCAGUUAAAAAUAAACCGCUUAAUAUAUGCCAGGUAACGGCAAUUCUAGGAUCUUUUGGGUUUAUCGAGGUGAAAAAAAUUCCAUUUCAGCGCCAAAGAGCACUGGUCGCAGUUGAUAAUUUUGGCAAUGCAAAAAAAAUUUUAAAUAAUUUUCGAAAUCAUCAGGAAUUUCGAAUUUUCCAGUACAGUGCCUUGAAGCACUCAGUCCCUGUUAGGAUGAUUAUUGCAGGGAGUGUAGCUAUAGUGGGUGCUGUAAUUUUAUGGCUGGCGAUUGAAUAAUCAAUAAAAAAUUCCUGACGAUAUCAAUGUAAUGAAAAUAAAGGUGAUAUUCUGAG